AUGCGGAGUUUGUUACCAGAAGGAAUCGGAGACGCCGCAUUGAAAGAGUUCUGGCUCCAAAAACUCCCGUCAGCAGUUCUCACUGUAGUCGCCGGUUUGGACGGCAGUCUCGACGAACUCGCUGAACGUGCCGACCGCGUCAUGGAUGUCAGCAGCGCCAAUCGGGAUGUUUAUGCGCUAUCCACAUCGUCUGCUCCCGAGCCUGAUAGACUUCGGGCAAUAGAAAAUUCAAUUCUGGCACUCACCGCUCAAGUUGCGACUCUUGCUACCAUACAAACGAACAAUCGUCCGCCGGAUCAGCAUCGUCGACAACGUUCAUCGUUCCGUUCACGUUCCCGGUCGCGAUCUCGCGCGUACAACCAUAAGUGGUGCAUUUAUCAUAACCGUUUUGGUAACGAAGCAAGAAAGUGUCGACCGCCUUGUGCGUACUCGUCGGAAAACUAG